AUGUUAUUGGUCAUAAUAGAAAGCAAUGAUGGGCCUCCACCAUACGAAGAAGUUAUCGGUCUUCCUGCACCUAUAGGAACUAUAAUAGAACCACCCCAUCCAGUUCGAAAUCCAAUACGUCCAGAACGUCAUAAUAGUCUUCGGUGUUAUAUAACAAUUGCGUGUAUUUUGAUUAUUAGUUUAGCUGUUGCAAUUACAUUAAUGACAACAACUACAACUACGAUUACUCUAACUUCAACUACAACUUCUGUGACAAUGACCACGUCGACUGUAAUGAUGUAUGAACCAAAUGUAUACAAUGGACCAAUAUGUGGAUUGAAAACAGGCGCGGGCAAUGAUUGUGCUGAUGUGGAUACAAAUAGAGGUUGUCCACAAAAUUAUAUUCACAAUACUUGGAAUAUUGGUAAAACUGGAACGGGUGUUAUGGCUUUUUGCGGAAAGAGGACUACAGAUAAAAACGUAGGGUUUAUAGGUACCAUAUGCGGUUUGGCAACAGGUAGUGCUAUAAUUCGAUGUGGCGGUCGUAAUCCAUAUUCUGAACCGUGUCCAACAGGUUACACUGGUCCGACGUGCAAUGGAUAUUUUCCUGAUCGAGGAGCUUGUCCUUCUGGAUGUCGUCUUGAACAAUGGCGUGUGGAUUUUGGUAACGGUAUAUGGUCAUUCUGUAUUAAAAACUAA